AUGUCUCCACAGGUCACGCCUCCUCCGCUGCUGUUCCCUGUCCUACUACAAUCCCCGACUCAACUCUCCUCCCGACUCUUCAGCGCACACACUACUUUCACAUUUUCUUUCCAGGAUGUCUCUGAGCGACAAAAGUGAUGCGGAGAUCACCAGCAUGCUCGCUGAGUAUGGCAUCAAACAUGGACCCAUUGUUGACUCCACUCGGAAACUGUACGAGAAGAAGCUUGAAAAGGCCAUGAAGAGCACUUCAGUGAAGACGUCCCCUGAUAAGACCUUUUACAGAGAGGAAGAGGAAGUCACCUACAUCACAUACCGCAGUCCGGCUAAACAGGGGAGUCUUGCUGACAACCUGAAACAAAGAGGCACCAGUGAGCACUAUGAAAACGAGCAAGUGGAAUUCCAAGAGGGUUCAACUUUCACCUCCAAAACAACCAAUUACAGGGCGGUUCGAUCAUCCAACAGCCGGGUUUCGGGGAAGUCUGGGAGCUGCAAGCUGAUUGGCGCGUUGCUGCUGCUGGGCGUAUUAGCAGGGGUCGUCUACUAUGCAUACGACUAUGUGAUGAACAAUGGAGAGAACCCUUUUAGGGCCUAGUAAUCUGAUGUGUUGUCAGCGUGUCACUUUUUUCAUUCCAUUUACAUUUUUGGCCUUUUUGUUUGUGUGUGUGUUUCAUUGGAAAUGUUUGAACAGUUUGACCAAAGCUAAUAAUUCUAUACACCAUUAAAUGAUUGUAAAAUUCUGUAUUUUUUUAAAUUCUUCAAAUUGUGUUAAAAAAUUAAACAAGACAUUUGUUUAUUUUCUACA